UCGAGGCGCGGGAACCAAUCAGCAGCUUUAAAUUCCUGUCCUGUGGUUGUCUUAGCUCCCGCUUCCACACGUGCAUAUCCUACGACAUAACCAAUUCUGGUUGAUGUUGUUACACCACUCAUUUAAAAUUAACAAUUGUUGAGCAUUAGUGUCAAACAAUUAGCAAGGACUCUCAGAAUCCAAUUAUAGUUUCCACGAAAUAAUGUCAAAGAAAUAAAAUGUUUUCAGUGAAAAAUUUACUAGGAAAUUUAAUUUCUCAAAACUCAUAUAUCAAACCAACGUUGCUGUCAAGAUCAUUGAACCCUUUAAUUAAUGAGCUGUACAGAAGUAAAAAGAGUCUUGCCGAUGACUCGUCUCGCAGAGGAAAAAAAAGAGGAAGUAAAAGCGACUCCGGAGUCGAGAAGAAACCCGAGGAGUCGAGUGAUCUGAUCAACUCGUUGUUCCACCCGGUUCCGGUGCUGCCUGACCUGGAGAACAAAAACCUCGGGGCCGAAAUAACCAACAAAUUAAACAGAGCCGAUGUCCAAAAAGUCCUCGCGACAUUUCAUCAGCAAAGAGACGUCCGAAGUCUGGCCAAAGACUACGGGCUGACAGAUAAUUUGCAACGUCUCGCUCUAAACAGUUUUAGAGUUUACUGUGACAACCCAGACACUCUUCCGGUAGACUUGUAUGUCAUCAUCAGUGACAUUCUUCAAGGAGCUGGACAUGUCACAGACAUCUUUCCCUACUUUAUUCGUCAUGCCAAAGAAAUGUUCCCACAUCUUGAUUGCAUGGAUGAGCUGAAACAAAUCAGUGACUUGAGAAAUCCAGCUAAUUGGUAUCCGCUUGCGAGGGUAAAGAAAAGAAAAAUAAUAUUUCACGCUGGACCAACAAACAGUGGGAAGACUUAUCAAGCUCUCGAGCGCUUCAGAACCGCGAAAAGUGGAGUUUACUGCGGCCCACUGAAGCUUUUAGCUACUGAAGUUUUUAACAAAAUAAAUAGCCUGGGCACGCCGUGUGAUUUAGUUACUGGAGAAGAGAGAUUGUUUGGAAUAAAUGAAAAUAAUCAGGCUGAACAUGUUGCAUGUACUGUUGAAAUGGCUAGGAUAAAUGUUCCAUGCGAAGUUGCGGUCAUCGACGAAAUCCAACUGCUGAAAGACACUGGCAGAGGUUGGGCUUGGACUAGAGCACUGCUGGGAAUUCCUGCUGAUGAAGUUCACCUGUGCGGUGAAGCGGGAGCUAUUGAAUUGGUUCGAAAAAUUUGCCUGACGAUGGGAGAAGACGUUGAAGUCAUGACGUACAGACGUCUCACUGAAUUAAAGAUCGAGGAUACCGCAGUGUCGACGCUGAAUAACAUCCAGCCAGGAGACUGCAUAGUUUGUUUUAGCAAAGCUGACAUUUACUCAUUGUCCAGAGAGCUCGAGCUCCUGGGGAUUGAAGUAGCUGUCAUCUACGGAGGGCUUCCGCCUAAUACUAAACUGGGUCAGGCUGCUAAAUUCAAUGAUCCAAAUCACUCGUGUAAGGUCAUGGUUGCGACCGACGCGAUAGGCAUGGGAUUAAACUUAAAUAUCAGAAGAGUAAUAUUUUAUUCAUUGAUAAAGCCGACGAUUAACGACGAUGGAGAAAAAGAAAUAGAUUUAAUAUCAGUUUCUUCUGCUUUACAAAUCGCCGGUCGCGCUGGUCGUCAUGGAAGCCAAUGGGAAACCGGUUUCGUGACGACAUUUAAACCUGAAGAUCUUCCGAGGCUAAAAAAUUUAUUGAGCCAGACACCAGAGCCAAUAACAAAAGCUGGGUUACAUCCUACUGCUGAUCAGAUCGAGUUAUAUGCAUAUCAUUUGCCGAAAUCGACUCUGUCAAGUCUCAUGGAUAUUUUCAUAUCCUUAAGUACAGUCGAUGACGCUCUUUAUUUCAUGUGCAACCUCGAAGACUUUAAAUUUCUCGCAGAUAAAAUCCAACAUGUCCCGCUACCACUCCGAGCGCGUUACGUAUUUUGCUGCGCUCCGAUAAAUAAAAAAUUAACCUUUUUGUGUUCGAUGUUUCUCAACUUUGCACGGCAGUACAGCAAAAAUGAGCCAAUAACUGCAUCGUGGCUGUGUCAGCAAAUUUCAUGGCCUGUGCAGACACCCAAAACUAUCCUUGAUUUAGUUCAUCUUGAAGGUGUCUUUGAUGUACUUGAUUUAUAUCUUUGGCUCAGUUAUCGAUUCAUGGAUCUAUUUCCGGAUACAAAUGAAGUCCGCGAAGUUCAAAGAGAAUUAGAUUUAAUUAUUCAAGACGGUAUUGUUCAGUUAAAUAAAUUAUUGACUAAAUCUGAAGCAGGUUCUAGCGAAACUUCAGGAAUAAAUGAAGAUAAUUUGCAAUCUGCAAAUCAAAAUCAACGAUAUUCUAAAGAAGCUUAUGUACAUAAUUACGGCCGAGGAAAAUUGACAGAAAGACUUUUAGCUCAAGGUUUACUGACUCCCAAUAUGAUUGCGGAGCUUCAAAGAGAAUGGGCCAGGCCGAAUAAAAGCAGCGAGAAACGAGCGCCGAAAAAAAAUGAAUCCCCUCGAAAGACUAAAUAAUUUUAAAAGUAUAUAGAGUAAUAACUGCGUAAUUCAGAGUGACGAGACAUGUAAUUAUUUAAAUAUUAAAUAAUUAACGAAGGUUCGAAAUUUAAAAGAACGAAAAAUUAUAUAAAGAAAAUUUGAA